CACUCUGGGCGAUCUCUCCAACAUUCCUUCCUGUUUGUCGUCAUGGUGCCAGCAGGACAGCUCCGCUAUAUAAGGUCCUCCCCUCCUGAGUCCUGAGCCAGAACGACAAAGAGAUUACAACCUUCUGCUACACCACCAGCCGGAGAGGAGGGAAGAUUCAACCCUGAACCAAAGGACUCAAAUCAGACAACUGAACAGUUUCUUGACUACAGAUAUUUUUGAUUCUGCUCUACUUCACAUGAAGAUGGUCUGUCUGUCUUACAGAGUGCUUUUUGUCUUCUGCUUUACAGCACAGGUGUUUGCAUUAGUGCAGUCCCAGGUGUGCCCUCAGAGAUGCCAGUGCCCUAAAGAGCCUCCGAUGUGUCUCCCUGGGGUGCCCCUGAUCCUUGACGACUGUGUUUGCUGCUUGGUGUGCGCUCGUCAGAAAGGACAGAUCUGCUCUGAACUGAACCCCUGUGACACACGUAAAGGGCUGCAGUGUGACUACACAGCAGAUGUCCAUAAGAGAACUGGUAUCUGUGCUGCUCAUGAGGGAGAUGUCUGUGUUUUGGAUGGUUCAGUCUACCAGAACGGCCAGACGUUCUUCCCCAGCUGCAAGUAUCAGUGUAUGUGCCGUGACGGGCAGAUUGCCUGUGUACCGCGCUGCAAAGUGGACGUGAUGCUGCCUGGGCCAGACUGUCCCAUGCCACGGAGGGUCCAGAUACCAGGAGAGUGCUGCGAGAAGUGGGUGUGUGAGCCCCAGGCUGAAGCCAGUGCACUGGGCGGCUUUGCCAUGGCAGCCUAUCGUCAGGAGGAAACAGUGAGCUUUGAUGGCUGGGACCCCAGCCUGAACUGCAUUGAGCAGACCACAGAGUGGGGUGCCUGCUCUCAAACCUGUGGCAUGGGAGUGUCCACCAGGGUCACCAAUAAGAACCGCCGGUGUGAACUGGUGAAGCAGAGCCGGCUGUGUAUGAUCAGACCCUGUGAUGACCAGCAGGACCAGACACAGCUGACACAGCUUGCACCAAAGAGAGGCAGUAAAUGCCAGAGAAUGGUGAGGAGCAACAAGGCCGUCCACCUCUCCUAUAAGAACUGCACCAGCGUCCAGGCCUACAAGCCUCGCUACUGUGGCUCCUGCACAGACGGCCGCUGCUGUACCCCCCACAGAACCAAGACCGCUCUGGUGGAGUUCCAGUGUGCCAACGGUAAAACCACCAGGAGGCCGGUCAUGGUGAUCCUGACCUGUGCCUGCCACAACCACUGCCCACAUGACAACACUGCAUGGCAGCCAUCAGAGCUGGGAUACAGUGGAAUGAGGUUAUAGGUCACAUCUGGUAUCAUAAUGUCAUAAGGUUAUUCUAAGAUAAAGUAAUGAAGAGGUUAUAAUGAAUAGUAAGUUUGGAUAGUAGCUGAUGACUGUCUGUAAAUCCAGGAAUUCCUCUGAUAUGGGUUGAAGGACAGUAGUAUUGUCCUUACUUUAAAACAUGAGUUGUAUCAACUCUAAUUUUAGGUAAAAAGAACACUUAAACUUUGCAUAUAACUUGCGACAUAUCCAUGGUGGCAAAACAAUGUUAUCUGCUUAUUAUGGUCUGAAUCAUGCUUGCAUUCAUAGAAAUGACUAUCCUUUUAUGAGGCUGAGAUCAUAGAGAAUCAAAUAGCUCCCUAUCUCCCCCUCCUGGAGAGGGAAUGAAUCGUGUAACAUCCUGUGGACAAAUUAGUGUCAUUAUUGUCACUACUGCUCAAUAGAAUCAAAGCACUUAAACAUAGUGAUUUAUUGAUUCUCUCCACUGGAGAUCAUGUAGGGUACACUACUAGCCAUUCAUAACAGACUUCAGUUGGUUAUUGGUUGAAGGUGCUCUCGCUGUAGGUAACUUCAAACAACCUCUGUUCAAGAGAUCAACUUGUAUGAAGGUGUACAGUCACAGGGUAGUGCAGACAUACAGGAGUAUUAUGGUUGACUGAAGCCUUCUAACCCGAUUUUGAGAACGUAUCUUCAUGUAAUGUAUUUCAGAAUAAAUUGAGCUCUUACUGUAUUAUGAGACUUUGACAAAAAAAACCCCAAUAACAACACUGUACUGUAAUCCUGUUAUUUUCAGCUUGAUAAAAGAAAGAUGGAGCAAGAGAGCAGGGAUAAAGGAUUAUAUGUUAAGCUGUUACCUUCAUCUUUUACUGGCGCUGCAGUGAAAGGUUUCCAACUAUUGGACACAUUUUUUAAAUAACUGGACUGUGUACUUUGACCUGGUCCACAACAAGGGCUCAACCUAUGGAAGAGGGGUCAUUAUUGUGACUUUGUGUCAUUUCUAACAUCUGCCUGAAAUCCUUCCCAUUUCAAAAUGCAUUAUGUCCAUGAAUGCAAAUGUAUGUUUUUAGGUUAUUAAGUGAUACUGUUUCUCUGUUUUUUGUUAAAAGUAGUGCCCAUGAGCAACACUUAUUUUAUAAUGACAAAAGUUUUGUAAAUACUUGCUGUAUAGCUUCUUUUUUUUUUGACUGAGUGUGUAUCAAAUACACAGCUUUAAUCCGUAACAAUGUAAAAAAUAAUUGCAUAUAUUGGUGUGUGGUAUCAUUUUUCUUACUACUUGAAUUAUUCUUCACAUUGCUUGUUCCUGUAUCUGUCUGUCUGCAAAACUCAACAUUUGUAAAUAAAUGUGUAUUUUUUGUAUCGAA